AUGGAGAUAAACCGUUUGAAAUCAUUCCAAACAGAUGAGUCUGACCAUUUAUGGACGUCAGUGCCUUAUAACAAGCGAGCAGCUGUGUUAAUAAUACUUUAUAGAAAUGCUGCUGGCAAGUUACUGACGGUACUGACAGUACGAUCGUUCAACAUGAGGACAUAUCCAGGGCAAGCAGCGUUUCCUGGUGGAAGAAGCGACCAUCCAAAUGAGAAUCCAUGGAGUACAGCGCUUCGGGAAGCACAAGAAGAGAUUGGGUUUGAUCCAGCUAGUUAUAAAUUUCACCAACUUUGCAGUCUUCCAUGUUAUUUAAGUCGGAACUUUCUAGUCGUGCGUCCAUGUGUCUGCUAUAUCGAACCACUUCACGAAACCUCACCUCCAGUCAGUAUAGAACAGAUUGUGGCCAAAAUGAAUGGGGCCGAGGUUCAAAUUGCAUACGGGCUUGAACUGGAGACGUUCUUCCUGAACGAUCCAUCCACUCUGAAAGCCAGCGACCCCACUGAAUGGGCUGGCCAGCCCUGGGUAUACUACGAAUACGAAGCACACAGAAACGAGAACUCUGAAUGGGUAUUCGAAGACCCUACCUCGCGGCUGGCCGAAUCCUAUGCCAGCAACAGCGUAACAGGACUCACGGCCCAAAUCGCCCUCGACUGUGCUCGCGUCGCCUACGGCAGAGACCCCGAGGGUUUCCCCAUCAUCCCCUCCAUUGGCUACGACCUAGCAGUAGCCGACUGUAUCAAACUGGGGACGUUCAACAGGAAGCGGAUGUGA